UAGAACUACAUCUCCCAAAGUGCCCUGAGCUGACGGGAGCCGACAUGGCCAUCUUCAGCGUGUACGUUGUGAACAAGGCCGGCGGCCUCAUCUACCAGCUGGAUCACUACGCGCCGCGAUCCGAGACCGAGAAAACGUUCAGCUUCCCUUUGGACCUGGUGCUUAAGCUGCACGACGAGCGCGUGGUGGUGGCGUUCGGGCAGCGGGACAGCAUCCGGGUUGGACAUGCUGUGCUUUCCAUCAAUGGCAUUGAUGUGAAUGGGAAAUACACUGCUGAUGGAAAGGAGGUGCUGGAGUACCUUGGCAACCCUACCAACUACCCCGUGUCCAUCCGUUUUGGCCGGCCUCGCCUCUCCUCCAAUGAGAAGCUCAUGCUGGCCUCCAUGUUCCACUCGUUGUUUGCAAUUGGGUCCCAGUUGUCUCCUGAGCUGGGGAGUUCUGGUAUUGAGAUGUUAGAAACAGACACGUUUAAACUGCACUGUUUUCAGACCUUAACAGGGAUCAAAUUUGUGGUGCUUGCUGAUCCACGGCAAGCUGGGAUAGAGUCCCUUCUGCGAAAGAUCUAUGAGAUUUAUUCUGACUUUGCUCUGAAAAAUCCUUUCUACUCACUGGAGAUGCCAAUCAGGUGUGAGCUGUUCGAUCAGAACUUGAAACUUGCUUUGGAGGUAGCAGAAAAAGCUGGACCAUUUGGACCAGGAUCAUAGGACUCUUCCAGUGUCAGCAUGGGGCCUCUCCUCACUAGCCAGCCUUUUCAGGAUCCUGUCUCUGGCUACAGCAGCAAGAGAGGAGGUCAUGAGGUCCCAAACUGCUUUUAUCAUCUCCAGAAAUGCUGCUUUAUUCCAUGGGUGUGGAAUUCACCUUUGCCUAACAGUGAAUGUUUUUAUUAUAGCUAAGAAAGGGUAUAUGUGGCUGAAGCUACGAUUGCAGCUCUAAUGCUGUCACUGUAACACAGAGGAAGAUCAGACACAACAUGGUGGUAAAACCUCAGUUAUACCCCCCCCUUUUUUUUUUUUUUUACUCGUGUGUGUGUGUGUGUGUGUGUGUAUAUAUAUAUAUAUAAUUCUCUGCAGCUUUAAUUUAUGGCUCAGACAAAUGGUUACUUUGGAUGUACAAGUAAUAAACAUUCCCUUAAAGUAUGGAUAGAUUAAUUCUUGGACUGGAUGCAUUCACUCCUGCUAGAGCUAGUAUGAACUAGUGAAAACAUGCACUGGUUGUCAUGCUGGUGUUGUUUUACCAUCUGAAACUAUUCUAGCUUAAGCUGUGCUUUACUGUGUCCAGAACCCCAGUGGAAGGCAACACUUCAGCUUACCUCUCUGUAAACAGGAAUAAUGGAUUUCAAGCAGGGGACGUGGGUGAAAUUAAUAAAGUGAAAAAAGUU